GAGAGAGUCUACAUUACAAGGGUCGCUGUUUUAGAGAGAAGCGUAGGGUAUGUAAAGCAGAGAAGAGGAGAAAGAAAAAGGCGGCGUCUUUCGACAGCUUUACACCCUGUUCUUGCUUCAAAAAAGCCUAAUUUUCUUGUCAAAAACCCUCAAAUCUGUUACUGUUAUCGUAAUUUGUCUCAAUUGGCGAUAAGUUGCGGCGGUUUCUAUCAUAUUGGUUGAGUUCCGAUCAGAUGUCGUGUCACAUAUCUUGGGGUUUCUGAUCUGGUUGCAUGAUUUCCCACCAGAAGAUCGGGUUUUCCUGGCAAAAAACUUGGAAUUCUCAGAUGAGAUUAUCAAAAUUCAAGCCUUGUGGUCUCAUAAGAGCUUCUCAAUGGCCGGGUUAGAAUUUCAAGUUCAGCUUAUCUGAUCUUUCGAUUAUUUUCACAUUCUUUGAUUGGUUUCGAAAGGUUUGAAGAAUUUGCUAGAUUAUUUAUUGUUAAAAGCAAAAACUACUGAAGAGAACAUGGUGUCCAAGACCCGAGUGUGUGAUGCUGAAAUCUAUUCAUGUGACUUUGACCAAAUUCCUGAUUCGAUUGCCCUCAUAAUCCUCAACAAGCUUGCUGACAUUAGGUCUCUUGGCCGCUGCUCUGCCGUCUGCAGGAGGUUCAACUCACUUGUGCCCCUGGUUCAAGAUGUUUACAUCAAGAUUGAUGAGGUUGUCACCAUCAGUGGAGACAAUGAUGAGAACCCAUACUGCUCUUCCCAUAAAACUCGUAAUUUAUUCUCCAACAUUCUCAAGUACAUGUUCUUGAGCCUCAUGAAGCCUUUUCUCAAUAUCCGCAACAGCAACAACACAAACAAAACACUUCUCCCACAAGUCUCCCAACGCACCCUUGAUCAAGUCCUAAAGAAUUUUCAUUACAUCCAGAACUUAUGGAUUGAAUUACCAGCUGCAGAUGUUUGUACUGAAGAUGGGGUUGUUCUAAAAUGGAAAGCCGAAUUUGGGAGCACCCUCCAAAACUGUGUUAUUUUGGGAGGUACCCAGAUUGAUUGGAAGCCAGUUACAGAUCAAGGGUUGCUUGAAGAUAAUGGGAGUAUACCCGAAUCAUUUUACACGAAUGGGGGUUUAAAAUUGCGUGUGGUUUGGACAAUUAGCUCAUUGAUUGCCGCUUCAACAAGGCAUUACUUACUGGAACCGAUAAUAAGAGACCAUCCAAUGCUGAAAACUGUGGUUUUCACUGAUGCUGAUGGGCAGGGGACUCUUAGUAUGAGUAGUGAGCAAUUGAAGGAGUUCAAGGAGAAGCCUUUGGCUGCUUCAGCAUCCUCGAAACGGACCCAAGUUCCAGCUUCCAACAUGAAAUUGAGAUAUGCUCCCUAUUUGGAGCUCGCAGAAGGGAUUGGAAUGCAAGGAGCAACAUUAGUGGCCAUCAAGCCAUCAGGAGAGGGUGGCAGCUCAAGCAAGAAGGAAGUAGAGGCAUUUGUUCGCGGAACAUUUGAUGGGCCAUUCAAGGCAGCUGUAAAGACAUUGGUGAAACGGAGAACUUACCUUUUGGAGAUGAAUGGAUUCUAGACUCUUUGAAUGCAUUCAUUCAUUGCUUGGUUUUAUUCAGGGAUGGCCAUACACUUUGUUGUAGGUGAGACUAAUUUGGAACUUCCAUCAAAUCUCUAACCAGCUAUGAUUUCUAGUGGGAAAAGGUAUUCCAGCAAUUGUGUUGAGGAAAAGAGUUGUAUUUCCUGCUUUCUUCAGGUGUGUUCCACCUCCUGCUGUAGUUUUGUUGCCUCUCCCCGUCUAAUGUACAGUAACAAUGGUUUGAUUGUAUUUGUUUAUAUAAUAUAGACUACUGUUAUAAAAGAAAGGAGCAAAUCCUUAUUUUUUUUUUA